CUGUAAUUCCCUACGUAGUGAUUAUAUUGAUAUUGACUAUUUGACUCUUUGAACGUCACCGUUCACCGUUAUUGUGCUGUGCUUUACUUUUUACUUUGUAGAAUUUAGUACCAAUUUAAACCAAAAUUGAGUUAUUUCAUGGGUUUUCUUAGUGCUACACAUUUCUCAAGACUGCACAGGCUUUAAAUAAUAGACACUUCACGACUGGUUAUUUUUGUGGUAUCUUUACAACAUAAAUAAAAUUAGGAAUUUAAAAAACUGAACUCUAUUAAAACCGCACAAAAUGACUGAAGAGUGUAUGCAAUUGGUUACCACUGAACUUCGAGGUACUUCAUCUCUGAUGCUCUCAUUUUCAAUUAACAGAUUCAAGUUAAAAUUUAAUGAAUCUAUUAGGAGUCGGAAUUUUAACAUUCAUAGCAUUGGAGAAAUAUGUUUUUUUUUGAAACUAAGUACACACAACAUCCAUUAUGAAAUACUGACGAGAAAACACCCUUUAGCUAAGAACCUAAUUGUACAAUUGCAUGUGGUUUGCGAGAAUCCCAAAUUUGACAGUAAAUUAUCGUGCACAGAAGAAUGGUGUGAAAAGACAUAUAUGGGUUGGGUAGGUACAGAAAUUAAGCAUCUCCACAUACUUAUUUAUAUCUCUGUGUUGAGUAGUGCACUUAUAAAUAUGCAGCUUUAUGAAGACGAAGAAUUUACCGACUUCAAACUGAGUACUGAUGUAGGCAGUUUGCCGGUGCACAAAGCUCAUUUAGUUGCUAACAGUGAUGUGUUCAAGAUGAUGCUAAGCCGGGAGUGGAAGGAGACAUCUGAGGGCCGAGUACAGAUAGAAGGAGUGUCUCUACAAACACUGAAGCAUCUAAAGCAGUACAUGUAUUUGCGGACUCUACCUGAUGAAGGGCUGCUUCCACUGUUGUUGAUUGCUAGAUACUACCUAAUAGAUAACCUUAAAGCAGAAUGUCUUAUGAAAAUAUCUCAAACUGUCACAUCGGAAAAUUUGUAUGAGAUCUUGGAAUAUUCAUUUGUUCAUAAAAUACCGGAGUUAAUGUUUAAUGUACUUGAGACAAUGCCAAAAUAUAUUGUCAAAGAUGCUCAUGAAAUAAUGAUGAAAAAUCAAAAAAAUAGUGGGCUUGAUGCGAAAACGAAGACGGACAAAAAUAAUUGUAACAAUGAAUAAUAGUUUUGGAAAAUUUUAUUGAAUUGAUUGUUCAUAUCACCUUUAAAUUAUACUUGGGUACUU